CCGCUGCGGGGCUUCACGUGGACCACGGGAGACCAGGACACGGCCUUCACCAACUGGGCGCAGCCGGCGUCCGGGGGGCCCUGCCCGGCGCAGCGCUGCGUGGCCCUGGAGGCGGGCGGGGAGCACCGCUGGCUCGAGGGCUCCUGCACGCUGGCGGUGGACGGCUACCUGUGCCAGUUCGGCUUCGAGGGCGCCUGCCCGGCCCUGCCGCACGAAGCCGGGCAGGACGGCCCCGCCGUCUACACCACGCCCUUCCACCUGGUCUCCAGCGACUUCCAGUGGCUGCCCUUCGGCUCGGUGGCCGCCGUGCAGUGCCGGGCCGGCCGAGGAGCCUCGCUGCUGUGCGUGAAGCAGCCCGCGGGCGGGGUGGGCUGGUCCCAGGCCGGGCCUCUGUGCCCCGGCCCCGGCUGCGGGCCGGAUAACGGGGGCUGCGAGCACGAGUGCGUGGAGGAGGCGGCCGGCCGCGUGUCCUGCCGCUGCCCCGAGGGCUUCCGCCUGGCCGCCGACGGGCGCGGCUGCGACGACCCCUGCGCCCAGGCUCCCUGUGAGCAGCAGUGCGAGCCCGGCGGCCCGCGGGGCUACAGCUGCCACUGUCGCCUGGGCUUCCGGCCAGCCGAGGAUGAGCCACACCGCUGCGUGGACACGGACGAGUGCCAGAUCGCCGGCGUGUGCCAGCAGAUGUGUGUCAACUACGUCGGUGGCUUCGAGUGCUAUUGCAGCGAGGGCCACGAGCUGGAGGAGGACGGCAUCAGUUGCAGCCCCGCGGGGGCCAUGGGCACCCGGACGUCCCAGGACCUGAGAGAUGAGUUGCUGGACGAUGGGGAGGAAGGGGAGGAAGUAGAAGAGGCCUGGGAGGUCUUCGAUGGCGGCUGGACAGAAGAGCCUGGGAUCCUGUGGAUGGAGUCUACACCACCACCCGACUUUGGCCUGCCCUAUCAACCCAGCUUCCCCGAAGACCGAGAGCCCAGGAGACCCUACCCAGAACCCACAUGGCCGCCUCCACUCAGCGCCCCCAGGGUGCCCUACCACUCAGUGCUGUCAGCCACUGGGCCUGUGGUGGUCUCUGCCACCCGUCCCACACGACCUUCUGCCCGACAGACCCCUCUCUUCUCCGCCACCCGCCAGCCCCUGAGCCCUGCCCUCCGACCUGCCAUGGUUCCGGCCACACGCCCAGCUGUGCCCCCUGACCAGCAGAUGCCCAGGGUCGAGGCCGGCUCUCCAGAUCGGCACUCUGCCCACCAGCCCCGAAUUAUCUCUUCCACUCUGCCAGCUCGUCCCCCUCCCCACCAGCCCCCGCUUAUCUCAGCCAGAUAUCCAGAGCUGGCCCCUGCGCCCCAGCCCCCUAGGUCUCCAGACGCCCAAGGGGCUGACACCCAGACCAUCAUUCACCGGCCUCCAAUCCGGGUUGAUCCUGUCCCUCAGGACCCCAGUCGCAGCAGCCAUCAACCCCCACUGGCCCCAGGUUUCCCAGGGCUCAGAACCCAGCCCCCCCAGCUUCCUACGAUCUCCACGGUCCAGCCCUCACUGUCCACCAUAUCCAGGUCCCUCGGGACCUCAGUCCCUCACCACCCUGCUGCCUCCCAGCCUCCCAGCCUCCCCCCUCCUCGAGAAGGCCCCACGAACCAGACCUCAGCCAACAACUCUCCCCAGCCCCAUGUCCCCCAACUCCCCAGAGAAGGAGGGCCCGGUCCCAGGUUGGCCCCCUGGCUGCCCUCUGUGGUGCCCACAGCAGCCCCAACAGCUCUGGCAGAGGCCGGUCUGGCAGGUCGAAGCCAGAGGGAUGAUCGCUGGCUGCUCAUGGCACUGCUGGUACCAACAUGUGUGUUCUUGGUGGUCCUGCUUGCACUGGGCAUCGUGUACUGCACCCGCUGCGGCCCCCACGCCCCCAACAAAAGCAUCACUGACUGUUACCGCUGGGUCAUUCAUGCUGGCAGCAAGGGCCCCACGGACCCCAUGCCCCCCAGGGGCAGUAUCACAGGGGUACAGACCUGCAGAACCAGUGUGUGA